AAACCACAACCAACUACCUCGUGGUGAGCCUGGCAGUGGCAGAUUUGCUGGUGGCUACUUUGGUGAUGCCAUGGAUGGUGUACCUGGAGGAGCAGUGAGACCUAAGCUGCCCCGUGAGCUCCAGGAGCUUCACUGGACACUGGUGUCAGAGGGAGGACAGAGCCGAGUUUCUGCAGCUCAGCAGUCCUGACCACAAGUGCUCUUUGAACUCCCACCAUGCAAACCCACGAGCAGCCAGCCAUCUCACAGCUGCAGGAGCCAGCAGCAGCCCCAAGCAUCAGCUCUCAAACACAAAACCCUUCAGGAGCCUGCUUAGAUGCACCAUGGCUUUCAUGCCUGCUAUUUCCUGAUGCAGCUUGGUUUCCUACUUUCCCAUCCAUGUGCUCCCCACUCGCAUCUGAAUUCGUAUCACCAUUCGUAUCCGAAUUGUGGAGAUUCUGUUGUUUAUUUUAAGAAUUCAGGAGAGUGGUGGAUAAGCAUAAAUUUAAAAAAAUAAUCAUUGGGCAUUCAUAAACUGGAAAGCUUCUUAUAGAGUUUGGAAGUUAAAAAUAAUAACACCACAAUUUUGUAGAUAAAGCAGACUGGUCGUCAAGGGAGAUUGGGUGGAAACCUGACCUGAAUAGUCUAUAGGGAUCAUUAGCACUGUGUUUGAUAGAGCCAGGAUUCCACCCUGGACACUAUUCUGCUGCAUAAUCAUUGAGUGGUAAUGAGAGAUCGUAUCAGCUCAUCUCUCUGUAGUUUGCUCUCAUCAGCUUUAAGAGAUUAAUAUUUGACCAUCCACCUCACCCAGGCAGAUGUGAGGAUUCAUUCAAUUAAAUACCUGCAAUAUCCUUUGAGAUUCCUGGACAAAAAAUACUGGAGAGAUAAAGAAGAAGUACCCCGCCAGCACAUGAAAACCAGAAAUGCAGACUAGCAGGUUCUAGCUGCUGUAGCAAAGAUGAUUAGAACAGAGCAAUAAAAGAAAGAGCAGAAAUAGAAUUUUAAAAAUUUUGAACAAGGCAUAUAAUAAAAAGGCUUUUCUUCACUGUUAAAUUCUGGAAUAAAUUUUGGGUUUGUAUACCCCACAGGUAAACAUUAACUACUUCAUUAACUACUCCAGCAGAGCUACUCCCCAUUUCAGAAGUGGCAGGUAGAAGUGAGAACAGGUUUUAAGCCCAAACAUUUUGAUCUGUCAAGCAUCCUCUUACACAAGCUACAGUCUAGUAUGCAGGUGGUGUGAUCUGACAGCAUCAUCCUGAGAGGGCUCACUUCUGAGCCAUCCCCACCAGCACCUGCUUCAAUGUUAAUGGUUCACAUUCUUGAGCUCAGCAUUUUAACAUGCUCAGGACCUUGGAAACUCUCUCAGUUAAGUGCAUGUUCAUCUGCUGGGUUAGCAGCAGCUGGCUUUCAUGUGAACACCUGCCAUUGGCUUUGUAAAAUAUUCUUCAGACUCCACAGCACACAGAAACUGCAUUGCUUUUUGCCUCAAACUGCAGAAACAUCCCUUACUGGGUCCCACUGCAAAGGCUCCCAGCAUUUUUUAAAUAUAUUUUAUUAAAUAUUUUGAGGUGGUCAAGCAGAUCUCAAAAUCUGAAACUAAAGUAAAAACAGUGUAGUGUUUCUUUGGAAGCUGAACCUACCCAUUAAAGUCCCUAAUCUCAGAUGGUCAGCCUUCAGUCUGCAUGUCUUGUAGCUCACCUAACUGUGCAGAAAAACUCAAUGGUUUGGUUUGACUUUUUCCCCUUUACUUACUUUUUUAUAAGAAAACAAAGGAGCACCACCAUUAUCAAGAGAACUGGAGAAGAAAGCACAGUUCCCUUCUGCAUUCUGCAAGCCAAUUCCCAUUUCCUUCCCCUGCAUUCAUUCAGGGUCAGAGGGUCUAAUGGAAGACUGCCUCAUUCAAUACCUGAUUUCUGAAAUGUAGCAGCUGGGUCCAGCAGAGAGCACCCUAAAGACACAGCUCACUUCAGCAAGUUUCUGUAGCCAUGUGUGGGAAUGCUGCCACUUUGAAAACCAUUUACAUUUCUUGGAAUUAUUUCUUAAACAAUUCUCACAGAGUGAAUUUUAUAUUUGUACAAAUGUUUUUCUCUGCAGGGGGCUGCAUCCUUUCUAGGCACCAACACUCACAGGGUUGAUCCACUGCCUGAGAAGCCAAGUUUACUUGUGGCACCUUCUCCAGUAUGGUCUGGGAUGGGUAUUUUUGAAUAGGUUUUGAAAAGCUCCAAAGAUGGAUCCUGCACAGACUUACCAAGCAACUGGCUCCACUGUCCCACUGCCGCUGUAGUCAGAAAAGUAACCUUCAUGACCAGUUUGCACCUUUCUUCCAGCUCAUUCCUGUAGCCUCUUGUCCUCCCACCGCACCACUGAUGUGAAAAACCCAGCUCCAUCUUCUUAGCAAUUUGCCUUCAGCUAUUUCAAUAACCUCCCACUAGGUUGCAGAGGGCUGCUAGUCUCCCACCCCUCAGAGCCAUCUCUUUUCCAGACUGAAAAAGUCCUGCUCCCUUAGCUGGUCCUCACAGCUGCCCCAACCCCUGUGGAUUGUUUUGGUGGCUCUCCACUGGACUCACUCCUUUUUAUCAAUGGUUUUCCUCUACUGAUGCCUUAAAACCAGGUGCAGUAUUCCAGAUGUGUCUAAAUGUCAGCAGAGAGACCAGGAACUAGUGGCAGUUUUUGAUUGCCUCCCAGGACCCAUCUGAAACAGCAGGAUCUACAGGGCUGAAGGCUAAAUCCAGGCUCUUUCCCAAGCAUGGACUUUCCCCGUUUUCUCUCCUCCCCCAUUCAGCACAGGACUGGGUUUGUUUGCAGCUGAACAAGGAAGCAACCUGCCCUCCAUCUCCUACAAGGAGUGGGCACUGAGACAGACCACCUCCCUUGGAAUCAGGCUCUCAUCCCAACCCCAAGGACAGCAGGGACAUGCUUGGAACAUGCUUGUCAAUCAAAAAGGUCAUUGUCCAGAAUUUGGUGGCUGCUCCAAAACCCACUUUUCUCCAUUGCUAAGACUGGCUGUGGCUGAGCUUUCACAACCACGCACUUCAGAUUGAAAAUUUAAAACAACCAGAACAGCAGCUUGGUAGCAACUCAAGCCCCUUUAUCUGAGUGGCCUGUGAGUUCUCACUCAGAUCUAAUAAUCAAAAUCUGUAACUGAGAUAAGAAUUCAAAUAAGGUUUUUGAGAAGCCUCAGUCUCAGAUCUCAGUUUCAUACAUAAAUGCAAAAAAAAUUGCAGCACUUUUCCAGCUUGCUGCCUGCAAGAGCACUCUUGCAGCUAAUCUGAGAAAGACUUUCAGCCCUUAGAUUUUCUCAGAUAAUCAUUAAUCAAAGGAUAAAUACAGUGAUAUCAAAUUUAAAUCAAUUUUUCAUGUUAGACUUUGAGAGAAGGGAUAGCUGCUGUUUCUUCUCCCUUCCUCCCUCUGCAAGAGCAAAUAAAGGAUUGAAAUUAAAGUGAGGCUCCUUCACUACACCCUACUACUGUGUUAUCUUGCACACAACACAGAUGCCUCAGUUUCCCUCUGCCCAUCACUGUGAAGCUCCUUCAGCUGCUGAGAUACUUGGAGGAGAGCAGCUCCUCUCACAAAACUUGUCAGGACCUGGUGCAGAGCAAGGCUGACAGUUUUGUGUCACUGGCACAGGUGACCGGAGGGGUCUGGACGUUCAGCCGUAUCUGUUGCGAUAUCUUCGUCACCAUGGAUGUAAUGAUGUGCACAGCCAGCAUUCUGAACCUCUGUGCCAUCAGCAUUGACAGGUGAGACACAGCAGUAUCCAGGGGGACAGCCUGGAUAUGGGGGCAGCCCUGUGCCCCACUGGGGCAGGGACAAAGAAGUGGGGUGAGCACAGACAGCAUUGGUGUCUUCCGAACAACAAACCCCUCAAGGUCUGUCCCUGCCACUACUGCUGUUAGUGUGGCUCUGCUCACAUUGUGCAAGAAGAGGUCUGUUCUGGAGGGCAGGGAGACACAAGUAAUAAAACAUCCCCAGCAGAUGGUCAACCACAUCCUCAAGCUUUUUAAAGGCAGGAACCACAAUUGGUCAUCCAAGUCCCACUGAGUGUCGAAGAGGGUUUCUCCUUCUGGAGAUCUCACUCGUGAAGCUUUAAUAAACAAAAUCCUACCAUAUUCACAGGGAGAGAUGAAGAUUAUUGCUGCAUAAUCUUGAGCUUUGCUCUGAUUUUCUGCAUUUUAAAACUGAGCAUAUUUUAAGCAAUGCUGAGGGCUGGGAGCCAAAACCUUGGCACAUGUGAUCCUACUGGGACCAAGGAAUGAGAGAAGGGAAAAAUACUGCAUGCUAUACCUUUGUAAUGCGUGGUUCAAGGAUGAUAAUGCAAGGCUGCUCUCAGUGCUGCUUUGGACUGGUGGUCCUCCAUGGGAAUCUGUACCCCCAUUUCAGUUUGGCUCUGUCUGCAAGACAUAGCCCCCAGGCUCUCCUAAAGAUGAGACUCCUGUGCCUUCCAACUCCUUGCCCUGCUGAGCUGCAUCUCCUGGAGCACCCCAGCAAGUGAAAGUCCUUGACGACCUGCCCCCAGGCAACGUUCUGCCUGUCAGGCUAACACCAGACCAGGCAGCUGAGACAGAGAGUUUCGUAUUUUGUGGUUACGCCAGAGAGUGCUCUUUCACGGCAGUGCCCAAAUAAUUUUAGGGGCUUGAGGGCUAGGGAUUUCCUGGAGUUUCUCGAUCCAUCUGGUAGCCCAAACCUUGUAGCUUUGCAUGCUGUGGAUUCUGCUGAGCGUUUCUCUGCACUGCUGCCAAUUAACUCUGAUUUCCUCUGUUCCUCCCCCAAAUGCCCCGCUUACCAUUUCUACAAAUUGCUGUUCCCAUCAUCUGAUUUUCUCUACUUUCCUCUUCUAUUUCUUCACCACAUUCACCAUCAUGUUCCCUGUGCUGCUUUCACUUAUCCUUUUAAAAACCUGGUCCUUUCCCUCCCUCCUUCCUCUGUCUCCUCUUCCCGGAGCUGGUUUGGUCUGCAGGUACACCGCAGUGGUGAAACCAGUUCAGUACCAGUACAGCACUGGGCAGAGCUCCUGCAGGAGGGUCUCUCUCAUGAUUGUGAUAGUCUGGAUGCUGGCAUUUGCAGUGUCAUGCCCUCUCCUCUUUGGCUUCAAUACUACAGGGGAUCCCAGUGUCUGUUCCAUAUCCAACCCUAGUUUUGUCAUCUACUCCUCUUUGGUGUCCUUCUACCUCCCCUUCAUGGUGACCCUGCUGCUCUAUGUCCGGAUUUACCUCGUGCUCAGACAGAGGCAAAAGAAGCGAACCCUCACCCGGCAGGGCAGCCAGAGCGCCAGCGCCAAACCGUGUUACGCACACCAAGAACACAUGGAGAGGAAAGUUUUGCCAAACAGACGCCAAGGCGUGUUUUCCCCCUGUCUCUCGCUCAAAUGCACAGGCCAGGAGAUGUCUACAAAAAGAAGGUUGCUGACUGUCUUCAGCCUGCAGCGGUACCGAAGCUUCUGCCACGAGGCAUCCCUCACCAAGGCACCAGGGACUACCCAAACCAGCAGGUGGGAAGAGAGGAGGAGGAGCACGAAGCCAGCAGUGGAGGUCCGGAGGCUCAGCAAUGGUAGAACCAUCAGCAGCUUGAGGCUGGCCCAGCAGCAGCCCCGACUGAUCCAGCUGCGGGAAAGGAAGGCUACACAGAUGCUGGCAAUUGUCCUGGGGGCAUUCAUAGUCUGCUGGCUGCCCUUCUUCUUGAUUCACAUCCUCAAUGCCCACUGCCCAUCCUGCCACGUGCCUCCAGGGCUUUACAGUGCCAGCACCUGGCUCGGGUACGUCAACAGCGCCCUCAACCCCAUCAUCUACACAACCUUCAACACCGACUUCCGCAAAGCCUUCCUCAAGAUCCUCUGCUGCUGACUGUGGGGCCACACUGGGCUGCGUGGGUCUGCAGCAGCCCCCUGGGAGGAGAAAAAGACAGGGACAAGCCAGUGAGUCCCUCAGUGCUGGGCACGGCCCUGGGUGUGCAGCAGAUCAGCCACCGCAGUGCACCGCUCCUGGAAGCUGACAGGCUUGCAGGGCACACACGACACAAAUGCAGAUGGCAUCCCUCAUCUCUGCUGCCUACAUGCUGGAAAUGCAUUUGCCCUCCCACAGCUGGAACCUCAGCCUGCAGAAGGCACCCAGCUCAUGCACAGCAGUCCUAGUAAGAGGACAGAACUUGACUUCUCUGAUAAGGAUCCUGAUCUCUUCAGUCAGGAGCCAAGAGUGAAAACUGGACAAGGAAACUUAGAAAAGGAGCACUGAUGGAGAAAUAACAACUUUCCUGUUGUUUCCAUCAAAAGGUUUGCCUGUAAAACUGGGUCAGUCUAAGUGCUUGAGAAAAUCGCCCUAGUUGCAAAUGAAAUCUUCCCUGUUGCUGCCAGCUUGUAUUUUACUGCUCCUUGCAAUGUAGAGAGGUGGCUGCUCUCCCUCUGGUAGGUCAGCUCACGUGACAAGUGCAACACUACCCCGGGGUCUCCUGUCCUCCUGACCCAAGGACCAGUGAUAGAUUGGCCACUGCUUAACUACCACACACCCCAGUGAUCUACUGGGGCCGCCAAGAGAACAAGGCUCUUGAUAGCUGCCGUAGAUUCAAACCUGUUUUUUCAGCUGGUUGCAUGCACCCUGUCUCUAAACUUGUUCACAAUCUCCUUGGAACCAGUCUUCACCUGUGCUCCUCUCCUGACAGGAGCACUGCUAGAUUUAGGGUUUGUACCACCUGGCUGCUGCAGUAGCUCCAUUUACAGCCCAUAUCUGGGGGAGAACUGUUUCAUAACAUUCCUCCCAGUAAGAACAGAUAUUUGCCUUGGGAUCAGCCCCAGGACUCGCCCCUUGCCAAUACUCUUGUCUUCACAUAUGGCAUUUGUAUAUCCCAGCAUCCAGGAGCUGGCCAAAUACAGUCUGGCCAUGAUCUCCUUUCCUAUCACUAUUCUACAAAGCCAUCUCCAGUAGUUUCUGGAUGAAAAAAACAGACAAGACCUGAUGUACCAUAAGCUGGUCUCGUGUCAGGGCACUCUAAUGCUCUUCCCCUCACAUAGACAAACCUGGCAUGGGCCAGAGAACCUCAGCUUGGUUCUCUCAUUUUGCCCCCUUGCUGUACUGGAUCAGAGGCUUCAGCUCUCACUCCCAGGACCUGGCUUAGUUGUGCUGUCAGCCACGCUUGUUUGAUAGCUUUGGGCAUAACUCUGUGUGCUGCUCCUGUCUGUGUCUGUGCCACAGCUUCUCCAUCUGGGAAGGGCUUCCUUUCUUUCCUAAUAUGAAGCCAAAGCCAUUGUCCUCUGCCUCCAGAGCAUAUAGCAGAGCUCUAGCUGCUACUUCAGUUUGUCUGGGUUUUGGGAGGAGGAUCUUGUGGAGAGCAUGUGUCAUUUGCCUGGGCAGGUGCCCUCCAUACUGCAUUGUAACUGCCUUAACCCAAUAAAACACAAAUGUAAUUGGAA